UACCGCCAGGGCCAAAGAACGGCGACAUGACUGUUUUGGGACCCUGUUUUGAAACUGUGUUUAAAAAACCGAUGUCAGUAAUCAGUUUAUCACAAUGCUAGGGGCACUGAACUUAUCUAUUUUUCUUUUAUUAAGCUUUAUUUCCCUUGGACAACAAGAAUCCACCAAGAAAGUUUACGCAACUAGCAUUGACGCAAGUUCCAAGCUCAGUCAACUCGAGCAUUUUUGGGAGAGCACAGGUUUCUGCCCGCCCGACCCCCAUAAAGACUUCUACAAAUUCGUCUCGACAAACGACAUGGCACAAAACUUAGCCUACAUCGGAUCCGUCCCAAAUCAGGGCAUAAAACAAGUUCGUAUACAUUGGCUUUUGGACUUAAUCUCGAUGGAAACAUUGCCAAAUGGGACAAUGUCGUACGUCUACAAACACUUAGAUGUUCUUCUUCAUAUGCUGCUAAAACAUGGCUUAAAGCCUGGGUUUGAGAUAAUGGGAAAUCCAUCUGGGUUUUUUAAAGAUUUUGAUGAUGCAGAAGAGAUUUACGCAUGGCGUGAUAUGGUCAAGGCACUAGCCGUGCAUUUAAUAGAGCGUUAUGGCAUCACAGAGGUCUCUUCAUGGAAUUUUGAGUCCUGGAAUGAGCCUCAAAACAAACAGCAUUUUGAUGGUCUUCAUGUCAGUACUCAGGGAUAUCUGAACUACUAUGACGCUAGCUCUGAGGGCUUGUAUUUGGCAAACCCUGCCUUAAGGUUUGGAGGACCAGCCACAGGGAACCCAUUGAAGCAUCCUAUAUUCUGGACUCUUAUAGACCACUGCUAUCAAGGCAAGAAUUUCUUCUCACAUCAAAAAAGAACUCGUCUGGACUACAUUUCCUUCCACAUCAAGGGGGGUGGCCAUUCCAUCUCAAUCAUAAAUGAUGAAGCUCUUGUACUAAAGAACCUCACAAAGUACUAUCCUGAAUUCUCUAGUAUUCCAAUCUAUAACGAUGAAGCUGAUCCGCUGGUAGGGUGGAGUAAAGAGGAAGAUUGGAGAGCUGAUGUUUAUUAUGCUGCUGUUGUAGCAAAGAUAAUAUCACAGCAUCAAGGUGUCUUUAGAGGUGACACACGGAUCCAAUACAAACUGCUUAGUAACGAUAACGCCUUUAUCAGUUACCCGCCGGCAUAUUUUACCCAGCGAACAUUGCUAGCGCGUUUCCAAAUGAACACGUCACAUCCGCGCAAGAUAGAGUUCAUCCGGAAAUCCGUGCUAAGCAUCAUGGGACUGUUGUCGUUACUAGGCAACCAAGAAUUGGCAGUAAACGUGUCGUCAUCUGAUCAGAAGGCAUCCACGAACAAAACGUUUGGUGUCAUUGCGUCUUCUUCCGGCUCCUCACCCGAUGAUCUGCAACUGUCAGUGCUCUUCUACAACAGCAACGACACGUCCAACACAACCGGGCUCGCUGUGGUGUAUGUCUGCAUUUCUGGGAUACCUGUGUUCAAGGAUGCAAAGUUUGUGCUUUACCAGAUGGACAAUGAGCGCGGAAAUCCCCACGGGAUAUGGGUGGGGAUAGGACGACCUUUGUUCCCGACGGAAAAGGAAUUUGCUAAAAUGAGAGCCAAUGAGGAACCGGUGCGGACACGAGGGCCCAGUACCGUCAGUGUGGAACACCCAGACCAGUUUAAGAACACAUUUGUUUUGCCUCUUCCAGGUGUAGCACUGCUUGUGCUUUGUGCAAAGCUGAUAGCUCCCCCAGCCCAGGUGACGAACGUGUCGCUUCUACUCGUCUCACCACAAGACGUCUUGGUCACGUGGAAACACAAGAGCGCAAAGUGUAUCAAGACUUAUGAAAUUUUGUUCUCUGCCAAGCACCAAGAAGGACCUUAUUCCCGUAUAAACCCUGAAGACCAGCUAUUCCACGCGUAUCUACACCACAAAACGCGUACGACAGGUGAAUACGACAGCUAUUCCACGCGUAUCUACACCACGACACGUGUACGACAUGCAAAUACGACAGCUAUUCCACGCGUAUCUACACCACAAAACGCGUACGACAGGGAAAUACGACAGCUAUUCCACGCGUAUCUACACCACAAAACGCGUACGACAGGUAAACACGACAGCUAUUCCACGCGUAUCUACACCACAAAACGGGUACGACAGGUGAAUACGACAGCUAUUUCACGCGUAUCUACACCACGACACGUGUACGACAGGUAAACACGACAGCUAUUCCACGCGUAUCUACACCACGACACGCGUACGACAGGUAAACACGACAGCUAUUCCACGCGUAUCUACACCACGACACGUGUACGACAUGUAAACACGACAGCUAUUCCACGCGUAUCUACACCACGACACGCGUACGACAGGUAAACACGAUAGCUAUUCCACGCGUAUCUACACCAC